GAUCUCUCAUCUUCUCUGUUAAACGAGAGAGAGAGAGAUAGGUUUUAGGGUUUUUUUUUUCUGUUUCUGCAGCAAUGGCGUCGAGAAAUGCUCUGCUUAAAUACCUCAGAAUCAAUGUCACACCUUCUCUUCAAAGAUCCAGCGUCACUUCUCAUCAAUCCGUAGCUCCCUUCUACGUUCUUCUUCGUCGUUUCUCCGACGAAGUCAGAGGGUCCUUCCUCGAUAAAUCCGAAGUCACAGAUCGUGUUGUCUCUGUCGUUAAGAAUUUCCAGAAAGUAGAGCCUUCUAAGGUGACACCAAAGGCACAUUUUCAGAAUGAUCUAGGGUUGGAUAGUUUGGACACAGUGGAAGUGGUUAUGGCACUUGAAGAGGAGUUUGGAUUCGAGAUACCCGAUAACGAAGCAGAUAAGAUACAAUCCAUCGAACUUGCUGUUGAGUUCAUCGCUUCGCAUCCUCAGGCAAAAUGAUGCGACCUAGAAAAUAUUCAACGGACUUGACUUGAAGCGUGGUCGUCAUAAUAAUAAAGAAAAUCAAACAUGUUUGUCUUUCCUAGAAUGAUACCGUUUCCCAAUUUUUCUAGUGUUUGUUGAUGCAUCUUGAAACGUGAUUCUUUUGCUUUAAGCAUCGUAUUGAGAAUAA